AUGGCGCAACUUGUUUGCACGAUGUACGAAAUGUCAAGCUGCGAAAUAACAUCUUCCACGGACACUUCACCGAUGCCAAUCAAUGACUAUUUGCAGCAGUAUCCAAAUUAUUGGAUAUCUCAACGUCGAAUCAGUCAAUUGAUUGGCUAUGCGAACGAUAUCAUCGGGCUGGACGAGCACGAGGAUAUCGACGAUAUCGACGAGCACGAGAAUACGUCCGAGCAGAACGAUAUCGACAAGCAUGAGAGUGCGACCGAGCAGGACGAUAUCGACGAGCACGAGGAUGCGCCUGAGCAGGACGAGUACGAGAAUGCGUCCGAGUCGGACGAUGCUGCCGAGUCGGACGAUGCUGCCGAGUCGGACGAUGCUGCCGAAUCGGAGGAGGCGGUAGUCGAUGUGACAACUGUAAGCGACGAAAUCGUUGACAUGAUUAAUGUUAAUGACGAAAAUGAAAUAAUAACUGUGGACGAUGAUGACGAGAAUGACGACGAUGUAAUGAUCAUACGGCAAACUGAAAAAACAAUAUACGUAAACAUACCAUAA